UUUCCUGCGUCGAUUUUAUCGGCAACAACCAUCCCCCAAAAACUCUCACUCCCUCUUUCCUUAUCUGUAUCUCUCUAUUUAUAACAACUCUCUCGUUCCUUGUCAUUUCUAAUGGCCCGUUCCAUCUCUCAAGCCCGAACCCUAAUCCGAACCACCACCAACCACCGUAAUGCGAUUCUUCUGGUAUCUUCUCGGUUCGAGUCUACUGGGUCCCACCACAUCGACAGAAACAUCGGAUCUGACACGUCAGAGGCUGAGGCUCUUGCGGUGCAGAGGAUUGAAGAUGCGAUUCAUGGGAUUAUAGUGCGGCGAUCGGCACCUGAUUGGUUGCCGUUCUGUCCCGGUGGGUCCUAUUGGGUCCCACCUAGACGGAGUUCGUAUGGUAUUGCUGAUCUUGUUCAUAAGCUUGCUAAUACGCUCUCCGAAGAGGAGAUUAUGUCUCUCGCUACGUUUCGUGGAUGGCCUUCCUCUAAUUUUUAUCUUAAUAGCGGUUUAUAAAUUUCUGUACAUAGGUUACGUAGCUGAGCAGAGUAUUGAGGAAGCAUUUCCAAGCUGGAAUUUGUACAUACAAGCUUCCUGUCAUCUUUCUUUUAUACUAGGAGAGCAGUAAGUCCCAUCGAAUGUACAGUGUAGUAUGUAGGAGAAGUUAAAUUUAUUUUGUACCAAUCCAAAUUUCUUGGUUUAAGGUGAUGGGUAUUUCUUAAUACAAGCUCUUUGCUGUAUGCCCUAAUUAAUGUAAUGUUAUCACAUAUUAGCCUUUGUAAAUACUAGAAAUAAAUUUGGUUGUCCGUUA